CACAGCUGCAAAGRGAUUUUUGUCUUUUUAUUUAAUUUUUUUUGACCUGACUGGACAAAGUUUUGAUUAUACUGGUGAAAUUGCCGAGUUGCUUAAUACUUUGAAGGGUUUCUAAGAGCUGCUGCCGCCGCGGUGCCUGCAGCGAGCCAUGCCUGGCCGAGGAGCCCUCCACCCGCUGCUGCUCGUGCUCUGCGCUGUCCUGCUCCCCGCUGCGCUCGCAGCAGCGCAGCCACGGGGACCGCUGCCCACCGCGCUGUGGCAGGAGCCGCCUGAGCUGCCGUCGGGCGCCGGUCCCUUCGACGCUGCCGAGGCCACCACGGCCGGGCUGCCCCCUGCCUCCGCCAUCCCACCGCGCACCGCCCAGCCCGAGGACACCACCCGCCUGCAUCGUCUUGACGCCUCUGACGGGUCAUUGGGGCCUGGAGCCAUUGGCGCCAUUGUCAUCGCCUCCCUGCUGGGCACUUCGGUGCUGGUGGCCCUGGUCGUCAUCACCCUGAGGAAGUUCUCGGCCUCCUGAA